UCAUGUAAGAACUUAUUCGCUGCCACAAAGUUUAUUUACCUUCUUUUCCGUGAUUUAUGUGGCCUCUAAAUAUGGGAAGCGUCAGUAGUUUCAACAAGCCUUGUCUAUUUUGGGGUCAUCUAAAACUGCUUGUUUGUUCGGAAAUUUAACUUAAUUCCGUUGUUUUUUUCUCAAGGAAAAAAAAAAAAGCCUAGUUUCUUAGUUCUUAUUAUAUCAGAUAUUUUGUUUGCUUUCUGUUGGGUUCUCUCCAUGAGAAAAGGAUGGUAGGUUUAACCUAUAAAUCUGCGGUAGGUUUUGGUGGUAACGUAGGCAGAAAGAUGUUCGGAUUCUAGGUUUCUCUUUGCCUGAAUCGGGCAGUGACUCCAGUAGGCUGAGAUAGAAAUUAGAAAGGUCAAUUGAAGUUUCUGUGGAAAAGGAAGGAGGCGGGGAAAGAUUUCCAAUUUCAGAAGUUAUAUUAGGUUGAACUUGGGCUUUAUAUGCAACCAAAGGACAUCAGAAGGUGGAUCCUAUAGAAAGGAGAGGGGGGCAUUGCUUCAAUCUGUUGUUCUGGAUUCUAGGUUUUGGGAGGUUCUCUUCUUGGUACCUUAAUACCUUGUGAAUUAAUUGACAAAUAUGCGGCGUGUUCGAGUUUCAUCCCACCAAUCCGCCGUGCACAAGCUAGGUGAUUCCCAGAUGAAACUAUCUCCCAAGUUUAGAUUGGCUAUUACUCCACCAUCCUCCUCAUUUCAGUCAUCUUCUGCAACAUCAGAAUUGGAAGCACCACUAGAAUUAGGCCCCCUCAUUCCUGGCCUCCCUGAUGAUAUUGCCCUCAACUGCCUCCUCCGGCUGCCUGUCGAGGCCCAUCUAGCCUGCCGGCUGGUCUGCCGGCGAUGGCAUCGCCUGCUGGCCAACAAGGAGCACUUCUUUAGCCAAAGGAAGGCUCUGCGCUUCCGCAGCCCUUGGUUGUUCACUUUAGCUUUCCACAGAUGGACUGGGAAGAUACAGUGGCAGGUCCUGGACCUCACUCACUUCUCUUGGCACACCAUUCCAGCCAUGCCCUGCAAGGACCGGGUCUGCCCUUGUGGAUUCGGGUGCAUCGCCAUUCCUCCGCAGGAUGGUGCCCUCCUUGUCUGUGGAGGUUUGGUCUCUGACAUGGACUGCCCUCUCCACUCGGUAUUGAAGUAUGAAAUCUAUAAGAAUCGAUGGACCGUUAUGAGUAGGAUGCUCGCUGCCCGGUCGUUCUUCGCUGCCGGGGUGAUCGAUGGCAUGGUCUAUGUUGCUGGAGGGUACAGCAAGGACCAAUUUGAGCUCAAUUCAGCUGAGGUUCUUGAUCCCAUUACGGGGAAUUGGCAACCUAUUGCAAGCAUGGGAAGGAACAUGGUCUCCUACGACUCUGCAGUGCUGAAUGGGAGGCUUUAUACGACUGAAGGCUGUGUUUGGCCAUUCUUGUCUUCGCCGAGGGGGCAGGUUUAUGAUCCGAGAGCUGACCGCUGGGAGGAUAUGGCUGUUGGAAUGCGGGAAGGCUGGACAGGUUCAAGUGUGGUUGUUGAUGGGCAUCUGUUUGUAAUCUCGGAGUAUGAACGGAUGAGGGUGAAGGUCUAUGAUGUGGAGUCUGAUUCGUGGGACAUCGUUGACAGCUCUCCCAUGCCCGAGAGAAUUCGCAAGCCUUUCUCGGUGAAUUCCGUUGGUCGUAGGAUCUUUAUUGUUGGCAGAGGCCUUCAUGUUGCAGUAGGGCAUGUAGAGAAGUGUUACAGUGGUUUCGAUGGGAAGGCAAAGAAGCAGAGAUUCUCCAUUCAAUGGCAAGACAUAGAUGUGCCACAAGAAUUUGGCGUCUUGACAUCCUCCAGUGCUCAGGUUUUAUAUGCUUGAUCAUCUGUUUAUCAGUUUGGCUUUGCUUAUGUUGUAUCAGAAAACAGAAAAGGCUUAACGACAAAAUUGUACAGUUUUAGCACCUGUAAUUAGAUGCAAUGAUCCAUAAGAGCAGGUCUAGUAUUUUUGUCUCCUAUGUACGCUUUGAUUGACCUCAUUGGACAUGCCAUGUAUCUUAUUGCAGUGUGCUUAUUAGGUACUUCUAGGUCCCAUUGUUGGUAAGUCAUAACGGCUGAUAUGUUUUGUUAACGAGCUAUGAGCAAGAACACCCAAUUGUGUCGAUGGUAAAACUGUAAGAUAUUCAUAGCCAUCACGAAGAUGAUAAGAUAUUCAUAG